ACAUCAGAUCCUGCAGGAGCUGCACUGACAGGAAACACAGUGACUUUGACCUGUCGCAUGGAUCCGUCCAAUGGAUACUGGGACCUUUACUGGUACAAACACACACUGAACCCUGAGACAGAGAAGACACAAACAAACUCCUACAGACUGAAGAUUGAUUCAGUGUCUGAUGGAGGCCAGUACUGGUGUAGAGCUGGAAGAGGGAAACCAGUCUAUUACACAAACUACAGUGAUGCACUGUGGGUCAAUGUUACAGUGAGUCCUAAAGCUGUGCUGACGGUACGACCUGAUGAACGAGUGUUCAGAGGAGAAACAGUCACUCUCAGAUGUGAUAUAAAGUGGGGAGGAGACACUGAGUGGACAUACAGAUGGGGAAGAGAGGGAACCAACAACUUGAAUAUAAACUCUGCCAAUCGAUGUACAAAACAAGAGUGCUGCACCAGUGGAGUUAAUAAAUGGAAACACAGAGAAGCUGUCAGUCUGUGCUCAACACAAGAGUUGAACAUCAGCAGUGUUGAUCACUUUCACAGUGGUAAAUACACCUGUACAGGACAGAUAGACACUCAGAUCUCUCAGCGCAGUGAUGCUGUUACACUGACUGUAUCAGCUGAAGCUCAGGCAGCAGUGCGAGUGUCUCCACAGCCGUGGCUGACUGAAGGAGAAUCAGUGACUCUGAUCUGUGAGGUUUCAGGCUCCUCUACAGGCUGGACGUUCAGCUGGUUCAGAGAUCAUGAUCAUCUGUCAGACAGCAGCAGAGGAGCUGGAGGAUCUUACACUCUCAGUCCUGCUGCUCUACAGCACACAGGAGUUUAUACGUGCAGAGCAGAGAGAGGACGACCAGCCUAUUACACACGACACAGCAGCACACAGCCACUGUGGGUCACUGGUGUUUCUUCUUCAGUGUCUCUGGUCAUCAAUCCCAGCAGAAGUCAACACUUCUCUCUGACUCUCUCUCUGAGCUGUGAGGAUCAGAGUAACUCUGCUGGAUGGACAGUGAGAAGAUACACAGACAAAGACACAAACACUUGUUCAACACAAACAGGAUCUGCAUGUGUAAUCGAGUCUCUCAGCACAUCUGACACUGGAGUGUACUGGUGUCAGUCUGAAUCUGGAGAGAAACGUCAUCCUCGAAACAUCACUGUACAUGAUGGUGAAGUGAUUCUGGUGAGUUCUGUUGAUCCUGUGAUUGAGGGAGAGACUCUGACUCUACACUGUUUACAUCGAUCUACAAACUCCCCGAUCCUCAGCGCUGAUUUCUAUAAAGACGGAUCACUGGUCCAGAAUCAGACGACAGGAGAGAUGAGGAUCACUACUGUCUCAAAGUCACAUGAGGGUUUCUACUACUGUAAAACAGAGAGAGGACAGUCACUCCACAGCUGGAUCUCAGUCAGAGUGUCACGUUCAGGUCAGAUUUCUGUCUUCAACAUCCUCGGUUUUCUUCUGGCAGCUUGUCCGUAUCUGGUAGCGACAGUCGUGAUGCUUUACAAAUGUUACAGAGCGAGAGUUUCAUCUGCUGAAGACCAAAGUCAGUACGCCGUAACAGAAGAAGAAAAUUGAAUCUGAUAUUAACAUGUUUAAAAAUACUGUUAAUUCUGUCAACAUGUUUGAAUGUUCUGUCAGCAUUUAUUUUUCCUUGAACACGGUUUGAAAAUAUUGCGGUUUGAAAUUUGUAAUAUAUUUGUCAUGUUUGUGUUGUUAUUCUGUUCUUCCAAUAGUGAAAGCUUGACAAUGAUACUGAUGCCUGUUCUAGAUCAGUUGUUUGAGUAAUUAGUAAAGAUGUUUUAUUCUGUAUGGUCUGUAUGAACAAUUAACUGCUGAAAUUAAUAUUUUUUGAAACAUUUUACACAAAUAUUGACCAUGUGAAAUAAACCA